CUUGCGGCUCGGGUCGUCGCCUACGGAGGCGCGGGGGCUCGAGACCUGCUACCCACCAGGUUCCGUACCCUGGUCCCGCUGGGCUGCCGCCAGCCCUCUUCCUGCCGGCCCGGCUUCGUCCGCCGCCCAGACGGGCAGGUCAAAAUGGCCGCGGCGAGGGUGCGGCCGUUUGGGGCGCGCCGCAGGGGCUUCUGGGAGUUGUAGUCCGGACCGCGCGCUGACGCACUUCGCCGCGGGCCGACGGGCGCCAUUGUGCGGCGCGCACAGGGUGAGUGUGGCUGGAGGCCGCACCCGUCGGGGCCGCCCGCAGCAGCGCCGUGUUCGCUCCCGGGCGGACUCGCGAGCUCCCAGCCGGCCCUGCUGGCGCCCCCCGCUGCCCCGGUGAGGCAGCGCCCGUUCCCGGGCAGAGGGGCGGGCGGCGCGGCGUCCGUCGCUGAGGCCCCGCCCGUGACUCGCCAGCGUCCGUUUGGACCGCCCACUUCCGCGCGACGGAGAGCAGGCCAUGGCCGCCCGGCUUCCGACGGUCUGGGGCAGUGAACCAGUGGCCUUUGAAGAUGUAACCCUGGCUUUUACCCCGGAGGAGUGGGGACUGCUGGACCUCAAACAGAAAUCUCUGUACAGGGAAGUGAUGCUGGAGAACUACAGGAACGUGGUCUCAGUGGAACAUCAGCUUUCCAAGCCAGAUGUGGUAUCUCAGUUAGAGGUGGCAGAAGACUUCUGGCCAGAGGAGAGUGGAAUUCUUCAAGAUACCUUUACAGAAUGUCCUAAGGUUUCACUGGACCCUCUGUUGAAGUCUCUGCCUGCUGAAAAUCCCCUCAUGAAGAUCAGGGUUGUCGAGGUCCUCACACUGAACCAGGAGAUGGCUGGUCCCCGGAAUGCCCAGAUCCAGGCCCUCUAUUCUGAGAAGGAGGAACUGAGCGUAGACAUCCUCAGGGAGCCAGCCCAACAGCCAGGCGGGCAUCCAGCUGACCCUGAAGCCGCUCGCUGGCGGUUUCGGCAGUUCCAAUAUGAGGAGUCGACUGGUCCUCAGGAGGCCCUGACCCAGCUUCGUGAGCUGUGUCGCCAGUGGCUACAGCCUGAGGUGCAUUCCAAGGAGCAGAUCCUGGAGUUACUGGUGCUGGAGCAGUUCCUGGGUGCUCUACCUGGGAAGUUUCGGACGUGGGUGGAGUCACAGCAUCCUGAGAACUGCCAGGCCGCAGCAGCCCUGGUAGAGGACGUGACCUUGCUGUCGGUGGAGGAAGGACUCCCUACCCAGGGGCCUGCCUGCUGUCCAGAGUCCACUGCUCAGCAGGAGGAGGAAAAGGAAGCCAUGGCCAUCUGUCCAGAGGUGGUGCAGAAUGAGGAGCCUGUGACCUUCCAGGACGUGGCUGUGGGCUUCACCCGGGAGGAGUGGGGGCUCCUGGGCCCGACGCAGAGGACUGAGUACCAUGACGUGAUGCUGGAGACCUUUGGGAACCUGGUUUCAGUGGGGUGGGAGAGUACGCUGGAAGGCAAAGAGUUAACUCCAGAUUCUCAUGUUACUGCAGAAAAACCAGUUCAGGACCCAAAAAUGAAAGAAUUCUCAGGCGAAGGGAGCCAGUCCUCCACCUCCAAAGAUGUUUUACAGGGUGGGGUCUCCAAAGCCCUAGACGUAGUGAAACCAGUGGAGCCUGCUCAGGAGAAAGACCUCUCUCAGAACCUGCUCUCUGAAGACCCUGGCUCGCAGGCCGGCACUGCUCCUGACCCACGCCAGGGCUCGCCCCCGAGAGCCCCUCCUAGAAAGCAUUCACGCAGACGUGGCUCUCGGGUUAAGAGUGUGAUGCAGGCUUCUGUGCGGCUCCAUCAGAAGGGCUGUGGAAAGGGAAAAGCCAGGCACGGCAGUGGCUGUAGAACAGUCACGGGCCGGCGAGCUCCGCAGAUCACGUUCAUAAAAAUCCACAAGGGGAGUCAAGUGUGCCGGUGCAGUGAGUGUGGUAAAGUGUUCCGGAACCCAAGGUACUUCUCUGUGCAUAAGAAAAUCCACACGGGAGAGAGGCCCUAUGUGUGCCAGGAUUGUGGCAAGGGCUUUGUGCAGAGCUCCUCCCUCACGCAGCAUCAGAGAGUCCACAGUGGGGAGAGGCCCUUUGAGUGCAGGGAGUGCGGCAGGACCUUCAAUGACCGCUCGGCCAUCUCGCAGCACCUGCGGACACACACGGGCGCCAAGCCCUACACGUGCCAGGACUGCGGGAAGGCCUUCCGCCAGAGCUCGCACCUCAUCAGGCACCAGCGGACUCACACCGGGGAGCGCCCGUACGUGUGCAAGAAAUGCGGGAAGGCCUUCACCCAGAGCUCCCACCUCAUUGGGCACCAGAAAACACACAGCGGGAAGAAGUCCGGGAAGCAUCAGCCCCCCGCUUAGCCCCGUGCCUGCUGAGGAGGACAUGCCUGCAGCCGGGGCACAGAAUCCAGCACACCACCAGUAAACAGUGAAAUCGGGGCGGCAUCAGUGAAUGUACGGGUUGGGAGGAAAGGGCUGGGUUUUUUUGAAAUGAGUUUUCUUUUUUUGUUUUUUUAAUAGAUGGACACAAUACCUUUGUUUGUUUAUUUUUAUGUGGUUCUGGGGAACCCAGUGCCGCACACGUGCCAGGCAAGUGCUCUACCAUUGAGCACAGCCCCAGCCCAAAAGGGUUUACUUUGUUAACUUAUUUGUUUAUUCCUUCAUCGGGUCAUUAAAGGCUGGAUGCCGUGGUGCACACUUGUAAUCCCAAUGACUGAGAGGCUGACGCAGGAGGAUGGCAAGUUCAAAGCCAUCCUCAGCAACCUAGCAAGGCUCUAAGCAGCACAGCAAUAUCCUAAGACUUUUAAAUAAAA